AUGAUAACCAUGAUCCUGGUGAAUGCCCACCUCCACAUAUCCUUAGUAGACCAAGGAAGUUCAGCGGACAUUCUUUUCAAGCCCGCGUUCGACAAACUAGGAUUGGAUGAAAAAGAAUUAAGGGCUUACCCUGACACCCUGUACGGUUUGGGCGACACGCCAAUAAAACCACUGGGAUUCCUAUCCCUCCACACGAUCUUUGGAAGAGGGGAGAAAUCCAAAACUCUGAGCGUAGACUUCAUAGUCAUCGAUGUCGAGUCAGCAUAUAAUGCCCUGAUUGGCAGAGCUACCCUGAAUCGGCUCGGAGCGGUGGUAUCUACCCCCCACCUUUGUAUGAAAUUUGCAAUAUAUGCGGGAAUAGCAACGAUACGGGGAGACCAGAAAUUGGCAAGGAAAUGCUACAAUGAAAGCCUCAACCUGAGGGAAAAGGGCAGGGAAGUUCACACUAUAGAACUCGGCGGAGUAAGAGCCAAAGAAGAGCUGCGGCCGCAACCAGGGGAAAAAACUGAAGAAAUACAGCGAAGGCGUAAGCUCGGUCUAGAACGAGCUCAAGCGGUGGAGGAGCAAGUACAAGCACUCUUGGAAGCCGGCUUCAUUAGAGAAGUCAAAUAUCCAACAUGGCUAGCAAACAUGGUGGUAGUCAAAAAACAAAACGGCAAGUGGAGGAUGUGUGUUGAUUACACCGACCUAAAUAAGGCGUGUCCUAAAGACCCAUAUCCCCUUCCAAGCAUUGACAUUUUAGUAGACUCCAGCUCAGGGGGCCACAUACUAAAGGCUGAUGAACAAGGUAUUUGCUCAACACCUCGGGAAUCUAAUGGAAGUCUACGUGGACGAUAUGCUGGUAAAAACUAA